AUGAAGAAGCACAAAGCCUAUGCUGUUCUCAUGGCCCUGGAGCUAGCUUCGAUUGAAAUCAAGUAUGGAAUCUCAAGCAACACGAAUCCCUUCCAACAACUUAGCCCCACCACGUUGCUUUUCGUCGUUGCUAUAUUUUGCCAUGCCCUAGCCGCCAUAGCCGACACCAGGUUUGCAACUACCCUCAUAACAUUUCAUGUGUCAGGAGUAGUUGGAUGCGAAACGCUCUUGUGGGUGUUCCUCGAUGAGUUUCUGAGAUACUACAUCAUCAACGCUCUGCUUCUUCUGGUGGCCUUGUUCUGCUUCUUCAACUAUCUCAGGUGUGACACUCCUUCUGAUGUUGAUCAGGUGUCAAACAUGGAAUCGCUGGAAACUCAAAUGUCACAUUCGUGA